CGUUUUGGCUGAAUAGCGUUAAAAACGAGGUUGGGUAAAGUUUAUAAGAAGAAGAGAUUAGUGAUAGUAGAUUCUUCUUCUGAUUCUUACGUAAUGGCCACCUACUAAUUACCUAAUAUAGUAGUGGCUGGCCAUGCACCCAUAUUAAAAAGUUAGAAAAUAAGAAGAGUAGAAAUAACUCAAAAGAAGAAUUUUUUAGAAAGCAAUAAAAUUUUUGAAUUUUUUAAAUGUCCUUUUUGAGAAGACAUUUAUUUUCAAAAUUUUUAGGAAAUUUUACUAAAAAGCCAAACUCUUCGAAGCAUGUCGACACGGAAAAUAUCAAAAUAUACAACGAAAUUCUUGCCAACCAUAAAGUGAAAACGCACAAUCAUGUAUCAUUUAUCUUGGUAGUUGCAUCUGGAUAUUUCUUCUAUAAGGUGAAAAAAAAAUAUUCCUUCAUUCCCUGCGUGUCGGCAGCCACGGUAUUCGGAGGAAACACUUUGUCUGGGAGACGUAAUAAGUUUAAUUUUAUAGCCGACGUAGUUGAAACUUCUGCUCCUACCGUUGUUUAUAUAGAAAUUAAAGACCAUAGAAGAGUAGAUUUCUUUACUGGGAGACCAACAACUAUUUCUAAUGGUUCAGGUUUCAUAAUAGAAGCAAAUGGCUUAAUUUUAACAAACGCUCAUGUUGUAACGAACAGACCGAACGCUAAAGUGGAAGUAAAACUAAUCGAUGGAUCAAUUUAUCAAGGUCAAGUAGAAGAUAUUGAUUUAAAAAGUGAUUUGGCUACAGUUAGGAUACCAGCAAAGAAAUUACCUGUGAUGAAAUUGGGUAAUUCUUCGGAUUUAAAACCAGGAGAGUUUGUAGUAGCUAUUGGUAGUCCUUUAGCUCUAAGUAAUACAGUUACAAGCGGUGUGGUGAGCUCAACUCAUAGAGGAUCAGCUGAAUUAGGUUUAAUGGGAAAAGACAUGGUAUACAUUCAAACAGACGCUGCUAUAACAUUCGGUAAUUCCGGUGGGCCUCUGGUAAACUUGGACGGCGAAGCAAUAGGAGUGAACAGCAUGAAAGUAACUGCUGGUAUAUCAUUUGCUAUACCUAUUGAUUAUGUUAAGGCUUUCCUGAAAUCGGCCACAGGACCUAAAAAAACGACCAAUCAGAAACGGAUGUACAUGGGAAUUACGAUGUUGACUUUGACUCCACAAAUUAUUUUUGAAUUGCAACAGAGGAAUCACGAUAUACCUAGGGAUAUAGAGAGAGGAGUGUUGGUUUGGAAGGUCAUCUAUGGAUCUCCUGCUCAUCAAGGUGGUUUGCUACCUGGAGACAUAGUAACCCAUAUUGAUGGAAAAACCAUCCAACAUUCGAAUGAUGUGUAUGGAAUUUUAGAGGGAAACAGCGCACGGGAGCUUAAAUUGUCCGUGAAUCGAAACGGAAGACGAAUGGAAUUAAUAGUCACCCCUGAAGAUCUUAGUUAAUACUUAGAAAAUUUACUUCAGGCUAAAAUAUUAAUUAUAAAACUGUACAGUGUUUAGAUAUUAUUGUGAAUUGUAAUAAAGGAUAAGUUAUAACUUUCAAUUUGAUUGAUUUACAAUUGAAAUCUUGAAAAUGAAUUGGAAUAAAAAAAA